GCGCUCCGGGCACCUGCUGCGCGGCCGCCCAGGCCGGGGAGGAAGAGGGAGGCCGGGUCGGUGGCGCCCCCUCGGGCGGCCCGCGCUGGGUCCGGGGCUGUCGCGAAGCCCCAGGCCCUUGGCUGCAGACUCGCGGGCCCAGCCGGCCUCCAGCUAGCUUCUAGGCUAGGGCCCGGCACCAGGCUUGCAUCACCUCGGGACAGGCAGUGUGAAUGCUGAGGCCAGAAGAGUUUGAUGACAACGGCACUGAAGUUCUUUGUUUGGCGUGCACGUUAUGAACCCUUUGCGGAGCAUGUCUACAGGCUCUGUGCGCAAACGAGCUGAAGGUGAAGAGAAGACAUUAGCAGGGGAUGUGAAAACCAGCCCUCCACGAACUGCACCAAAAAAGCAACUGCCUUCUAUUCCCAAAAAUGCUCUGCCCAUAACAAAGCCUACAUCUCCUGCCCCAGCAGCACAGUCAACAAAUGGCACCCACGCUUCUUACGGACCCUUCUACUUGGAAUAUUCGCUUCUUGCAGAAUUCACAUUGGUAGUGAAGCAGAAGCUGCCAGGCGUCUAUGUACAGCCAUCUUACCGCUCUGCAUUAGUGUGGUUUGGAGUAAUAUUUAUACGACACGGGCUGUAUCAGGAUGGCGUAUUCAAGUUUACGGUGUACAUUCCUGAUAACUAUCCAGAUGGCGACUGUCCACGCUUGCUGUUUGAUAUUCCCGUCUUUCACCCGCUAGUCGAUCCCACCUCAGGUGAACUGGAUGUGAAGAGAGCAUUCGCAAAGUGGAGGCGGAACCAUAAUCAUAUAUGGCAGGUGUUGAUGUAUGCAAGGAGAGUCUUCUACAAGAUCGACACAACAAGCCCCCUAAACCCAGAGGCUGCAGUACUGUAUGAAAAGGACAUUCAGCUUUUUAAAAGUAAAGUGGUUGACAGUGUUAAAGUAUGUACUGCUCGUUUGUUUGACCAACCGAAGAUAGAAGACCCCUAUGCAAUUAGCUUUUCUCCAUGGAACCCUUCUGUACAUGAUGAGGCCAGAGAGAAGAUGCUGACUCAGAAAAAGAAGCCUGAUGAACAGCACAGUAAAAGUGUUCAUGUUGCUGGCCUGUCAUGGGUAAAGCCUGGCUCAGUACAGCCUUUCAGUAAAGAAGAAAAAACAGUAGCAACCUAAGAGAUGGUGGCUGUGGCGCACCAUGCACUUUCCUGCUGGACUCUGGCAAAGGACUGCCUGAAGAGUAAACCGCGUGAACAGUGACUGGCUCAGUGUUGUGUAUGCGUAGGUUCUAACAGCAGGUUAUGGAGCCCUUGUUGAGUAAUGUGUUACUUCUGUCUGAAGUGUCAGGCUGGAUCUAGGUCAGUACUCCAAAUUAUUGGGGACCUUGAGGCUUGAGUAUUUUUCUGAAUAUGGUAGAGGUAAGUUGUGUUUACUGAAACUAACAGAGCAGAGAGAAAUGAGUACAGUGGAAUAGUCUGCAGUUGGUGGCUUCAGCUGUACAUAUGUUAGGCCAUGAAGAAGGGUGUAGAGCACAGACUCCAGAGUGCAGCACUUUCAAGUAGAAGACUGGCUUUCCGGCUUCAGCCUGCUGACUUGCUGUAAAUGUCUAUCUCAGAAGCAUUAGGAAAGUAGGCAGAACCAGGAUGCUUGUUCUUUUUUUUUUUUUAAGGCAAAUUACUGUAUUUUUAUGGUAGGAGGAAGAAAAAGUGUUCAAACGGUUUCUAAUGAAGUCAGGUAUUUAAAUGGUGAAUGACCGAUGUGUUAGUAGAGAUGAAAUAAACCAAUAAAUGAUUGUCAUUUAUGCA